AUGCCGUUUGAUCGAGUUACUAAAUGGCUGGAACAUUUUCGACCGUCUAGAGAUACCAUUCAUAGCAAUGGCAACACAUCCGACAUCACUGACAAGCCAAUAGUAGCAAACUCAAAACUUCAUUGGUUUUAUCCAGCAUGGAAUCAAAAAGCAGUUUAUCCUGCAGACUCUUUAGAUAUUUUAUCUACUGGUAUUUCCACUCAGACUAGUAUCACUUUUUCUGACCAAAAACCAUAUACACACUCCAGCGUCUCUUCUCGCUUCUCAUAUGUGCUGGCGCAGAUUAAAACUUUAAAAAGUCCUGCUAAACAGAAUCACAAGCUUACAGAGCAUUACGGCUCCACCUCAAUAUCUCCUGUGCAUACUAGUAGCAAUAUGGACGCGUCGAAACUGCCAGUAUCAAGGAUCACAUCGCCAGCAUUUUGUCAACCCAAGCAUAGCAGCAUUGCUGGCGAAAGAGCACGGUUGAAAUUACAAUUAAAAAAUAGUACACCUAGUACUGUGCCGCAUAUUCCCAAAUCUCUUAGUAGAAAGUCUCUGCGUAUUACCAGUGCUUUGGCUGCUACAUCUGCAUCAUCAUCUGCCGAGUCUUGCCUUGUACAAAAAGAAACAUACGACAUACUUUGCAGUCCAGCACAAUCUAUUGAUGCGAUGUCAGGUAUGAAUCAGUCAUUGCUUAACCAUACUACCACAAAUACCGGCCCUGAUCUGAUUUUAAAAUCAAACACGAAUUCUUCAUAUACUUCAAGCGGAUCAGUAUUGCUGUAUGAAUCGGUGCGUAUGUCUAUAAAAGAAUCACAGAAUCAAUCACAUGUCAGUUUUUUGGAUCGCAAACUUGCCCAGCAUGCAGAGAGUAUGCCUGGUGUGACACCACAAAAAUCAUUAUCUGACUUGCAUAUUUUCGUUUCUGAUAUCAACGAUAAUGAUCACAAGUCUUUUAAAAAACCAGGGACGAUAUCAGAUAGAGUAACGAGACGCAAAUCAUCUGAUACUCAACAUACAUCUGGAUUCGUAGGCACAGUGUCGAAAUCUAACACUUGCAAAGUUUUGAGUACUUCCAAGUCACUGAAUAAUGCCAAUGCAGAAUUGCUUGAAGCAAAUGAAGGUAUUGAACGCUUACCAAGUAAAGCCAUUGUAUCACAUCAGACAUGUGGAACUCAUAUGGGACAAAUGACUGCUGGUUCGCAACUGUCCAAGCCAGGUUUCACUUUGACAGAGUUGCCGAUUACAGCAUCAACACCAGAAGGGAUAUCAUCAGCCAGAGUUACAUCUGUAUCAUUGACUACACCGUAUCAUGAGACUGAGCAAAUAUCACAUUCACACACAGAUCCGGAUCUGCGGAAACUUUCACAGAUUGGAGAGCAUGAUGUGAGCUUAAAGUGUUUUGAAAACAACAAGGGCAGCCUUAAUCUGCAGCCCAUUAGAAUCCAGACUCAUAACGGACAAGCUGAAAGUCGAAGCAACAGUACGACAAGUACUGGAAUAUCCAUACAUUCACCACUACCACCUUCGAUAUCUACUUCCAACGCCCGCUCACAUCAAUCGUCGUUUGAUUUUUCUGGAAGCAACAAAUUGCAGCGUGAAUCAGUUGACAAGAUUGAGGCAAGAAAGAGGCGGUUGGUGGCAUCGAGCAAGCGAAUGAUGACUGAGUUGGAGGAACUCAAGUAUGAUAAGUUGCUAGCAAGUAUACCCAGAGUGAGAAGCUACUAUGAGAUAAAUGAAUAAAGUUAUUUUUGUUAUC